UCAGUCAGCGUCUUGGAAGGCGAGGAGUUAUGCCCCGUCGAUCAGGAGUUAAGUUUGGAGCCUCUUCACGUGGUGGUUGAUUUGAAGUGAGGAUGGCUGAUCCAAGGACGCUUGUAGAAGGGUCUUUGAAAUACAGAGAUGGAAGGAAGUGGAAGUCCAGGUGGUGUGUAGUCAGCAAGCUGUCACCAGUAGCAGAUUGCCUCCAUCUACAAUUGUAUCGUGAUAGCAAAGACAGGUGCAAGAAUGGGCCCACCAAAGCUUCACUUUCUCUCGAAGGAUUUCUAGGAAUGGAGACAGGAUUCACAUUGGAUAAAGAGAGCAACACCUUAGCUCUCAUCUGUACUGAAGUUGUAGUUGUACUUGCCUUCGAUUCUAGGGAAUUACUUAUUCAGUGGCAGGUGAAAAUUCGAACUAAUUUAGUUGAAGAACAGCAAUUUUUGGUACAAAUAGCCCAUGCUCCAGCUAAAGGAAAAUUGGCAAGUGGCCCUGCAAGAUUACACUUACAAGAUUAUAAAUUUUGCUUAACAGCUGGGGUUCCUCCACGUCUUCUUGGUACUUGGCCCAUCAAAGAAUUAAGAAGAUUUGGUGUGGUAGAUGGAAAAUAUUGUUUCGAAGGUGGAUCUAGAUGUGGCAAAGGAGAAGGUAUCCAUAUCUUGCUUACGAAUCAGGCGGAGGAACUGGCACAAUCCGUGGAUCUUGCAUCAAGAGGGAAACUUCACGGUAGAAGAAAAUAUUCUAGAAAACAUUCAGUUGAUCCUGCAACUCGCAUGUCUUUCCUACCAAAAUCUCAUGGGAGAGAUUCUGAUAAAUGCAGCACGGAAUCGAGUAAACCAUUACUAAGUUCGGGUUCAGAUGGGAGCACUUGUGAUGCAUUUUCUGAUAGUUUCCGGAUAGACGGUAUGGGUGAAGAUAUAUGUAACAGUAAAUCGAACUGUCAUAUACAUUAUCAUUGGCCUUCAUGUUCUUAUUAUCGAUGGGCAGGAACACCCGCAACCGAAUUACCCGACUUACCCACAAUAAGUGAUUUUCAAGAUCAACAACAGUUAGCUUCUGUAAAUUCCAGCAUGAGAAAUAUUAGUGGUUGUCCGUGCGAUAGUCAGAGCACUUGGUCCUUCAGCCAUUGUAGUAAAUGUGGAGGGCGAUAUUGUAUGAAGGAAGGAAUGAGAAAUGGUCCCGAACUGAGGCAAACAAACGGGAACGUCUUUGCACCCCACUGGACUAUGGACUUAACAAUCGUUUCACCAUCCAGUGAAGUAGCUGUACACGGAAGGAAAGGAGUUUUUCGAACAUCUGUUAAGUCCCCACCUGAUAGAAGUUCUUUGUGUUCGCAAAGCUCCCAGAGUAGUGGUACCAGCAGUGGAAGUAGUUCCGAAUACUCAGUUCCUAGAAGUUGUAUUGACACUCUUUACGAUAGGCCACGAAGUAUGCAUCAUAUUAACGGUCAUAACAUAUCCAGGAGUCCUCCCAGGAUUAUUAGAGGCAGUUCUUUAGAUGAGGAUCAUAAACGAUUACUCGGUUCCGCUAUUAAAACCCCCAAUCAGGAAAAUUUUCCAGCAUGUACGUGUCGUUUCAAUGCUGAUAUCCCAAAAGUUCAUGGCAUGAGUUAUCCAUGCACGUGCUGGACUAGAACAAUGCCCAAUCUUCAGAAAGAAGCCAGUAGUGGCAGUGGUAGUUCAACAGGUUCGCCUUCUUCUUCGCCUAAGCACGCUUCUCGCAUCUGUGGCACCCUUCCUAGCAAACGAGAAGUUCAGGCUAUGCUACCUUGUACAUGUCGAAGAAAUCUAACUUCAAAUGGGCAUUACUCUGUUCCUCGUUCUGCAAUAGCCAAUAUUUAUUUAAAAGAUAAACAACUUCCGCUAGAGAACGGAGAUGCAACAUUAGAGCGUAACAAAAUGACUGAUAUGACGCCAAAGGAAGAGUAUGAUGUACCUAAAAAGUUACAGGAGCAUUGUUUACAGAUGAAUGGGCACCACCAAGAUAACGAGAUAUGCAAAACUGUAUUGUGUACCUGCAACAAAAACGGAACAGAUAACUUUCAAAUGCAUACUGCAAUCAGUCAAGUGUGUACGUGUCAACGUGUAAUGUGGUGGGCAGGUAAUUUAGUCCCCUGUUGGAGGAAGGAUGCGGGUGAUGAGCAUCUUUCUCUUCUGGAUCACGGAUUUGUUCGAUCGGAUUCGGAAUCCUCCAUGUCUAAACAAACGCAAGCAGUUUGUAGAGAACCUCCUAAGCUAGAAUUUAUUAGUGAAACUUGUGCCAUGCACAAUGGUGAAGAAACUCAUCCUAAAGAAGAGAAGAAUCCUUCUAAUCCAAAUUAUGUUAAUUUAGAUUUUACUAAUUCUAUUCAGGAGCAGUCAAAUUAUGCUAAUCUUCAAUUUAUCGAGACUUUGCCUUAUUAUGAGAAUGUUAAUUGCGUUCUAGCGAAGUUGUCUGAAGAUUCAUGUGUCCAUUCAGAACUAGUUAAGAAUCAGAAAACACUCAAAAUGUCACCAAGUCAGUUAAGAAAGGGUAAAAAUUACGAAUUUACAGGGAGCGUUUACGAGUUAAUGUCAUUUCCAGUAGCUGAAGAAGAAGAAAAACUACAGAGGGAUGAUAAUUAUAUGGUGAUGCAGCCUGUAUACUCUACAAAAUCCCAACAAUCUCUUUCGUGUGUGGAAGACAGUGACAUAAGCGAAGAAGAGAAGAGAGCUAGUGAAGUAGAAAGAUCGGAUUCUACCAGCCUUUCUCUCCGUCCUUUUAUGCCAUAUCUUCUUCCAUGUCAAAGUAAAAAUUACGAACAAGAGCUGACACCAAGGAUGAAGGAACAAGAUUUGAGAUCGUCUAGAUCAAAUUCUUUAAGUGAAUUAAAGAAAAAGAUGCUGAUGAGAAAGAGAUCCAACUCUGCAGAUACGCGUAAUGAAAAUGGUCUUAAUGAUGGUUCCGAAACUGAUGAAUGCCCGGGUUCUCCUAGUUCCUGUCCAAGAUAUAGCAGCAGGAAGACCUCACUUUUCUCAAAAUUCACACUAAGAUCCAAAGAAAAGUCUUUCAGUGCAAACGAGAUCACGCCACCCUCUUCAGUACCAUCGACACCAAACAAUGAUUCUCUGGAGAGUUUGCAUAGAGCCCUUUAUCAUCGAUCUGCAGAUUGUUUAAAACACGAAGAGAACUUAUUUUCUGAUGAGGAACUGUCUAGAGAUUUUGACGAUAUAAAAUAUAAAGUCGAUUGUGACUUCGGUUGUCUUGGAACUUCUAUAAAAAGGUCUUCGAGUGUUCCCUGCAAACCGUCCGCUGAAGUAAGCAGUAUUGCUAGCCCUUCUGACUCUGGAUUUUCUACUAGCCUUCCUAGAAGUUCUGCAGUUUCUAUAUCCCCUAUCAAUAACUCACAUAUUGUCAGUAUACACAACUCUCUGCCCCGGAAACACAGCCUUGCAAAGCCGGAAAUUGCGACAUCACUCAGAAAAAGUAAACCGGAUGCUGAGAAGAAGAGUGAACGAAAAUGUCAGAAACAAAAGAAUGAUGGCAAGUGUAGAGCUGGUGAAUACAGACGUCUGAUACAUCCUGCAGCAUCACCCGAUAACCACCUGCUGCUAGAACCUAAAACCGUUAACACCAGUAGCUCGUCAUCGGAUAUGAGUGACUACAUAGAGACUCUAUCCCUUUGCUCAAGAAGUAGCACGAGUAGUGGUAGCAGCAGCGACUACGUUAGAAGCGAAGAAAUCUGUUCAGUAACCCACAAAUCUACAAACGUAUUAAAACCAAGAGCAGGUAGAGAAUACGAUAGUGCUGAAAGAUUAGGAGUUAAUAGUGAUAAGAGCAAUCAGGAUACAGAAACAAACGUUUCAGCUGUACAAUACGCUGUUAUAGAUGUAGUAGCAACAGCAGCAGCUAAGAAAGUAGGAGCAUAUAGAAAUCAACAAAGAGAAGAGGAGAAGAAUGAAGUUGAUGAUAGUUGAAAGAGGGACCAAAAUAAUUUAAGCUCAGGUAUAAGAGAAAAUGGAUAGUGCUACGACACAAGUCAAGUAAAAUCAUAAAAAAAAAAAUAGUUUUCUCAUUUCUAAAAUUUAUUUUCUCUUCGUAAAAAAAAGAUAUAAUUAUUUAAGUUAUAAAAGAAAAAAAAAACA